AUGAAGUUCUCUACUAGUGGCCUAUUGGUCAGUCUAGCAGCUUCUGUACUUGCAGAAGAUCUCCUUUUUGUCGAUAAAUUUGAAUAUAAAGAGUUCGUGGAGGCAACAUCUGUCCUUGGAUAUACCACAAAGGUGGUCAGUGAAGCACAAUGGAAGACAAUGAGAACAGCCGAGUUUGCUGCUUUCAAAGCUAUUGUCAUUGCCGAUCCAGAUUGCUCGACAUCACCAAGUGAUGUUCAAUUCUUGACUGAUACCAAAAAUAUUUGGGGACCAGCAGUUCAGGGAAACAUCGUCGUUAUUGGCACGGAUCCUACUUUCCACUUCUCAGCUCAACCUGGCGCUAAAGUUUUGAUCGAUAACUCCAUCAAAUUCGCAGCAUCUGGCAAAAGUCUUGCUGGUGCUCAACAGACUGGUCUUUACUAUGCCUUAUCUUGUUACUACAAUGAUGUGGAUUCCGCAAAGGUAGAAUCUCUCUCAUACUUUGGAGAUUUCACCGUCCGAGGAAACCUUGCUUGCUACAACAAAGCUCAUAUUGUUGCAUCUUCCCCAGCACUCGAAACUCUUAAUGAUGCUGCUUUAUCCAGCUGGUCUUGCAGUGUCCAUGAAGCUUUUUCCAGUUAUCCAUCCGUUGGAAUCAAUGGUUUCGAGGCUCUUGCUAUUGCUCAAGAUGUUAUUGGUGAGGGAUCACAAACUUUCGGUGAUAAGACAAUUGGAUUACCAUAUAUCAUUAGUCGCGGUGCAACUCCAGCUGGAUGUGGUGAUGGAAUUUGGGAAGCAUCAUUGAAUGAAGAGUGUGAUGAUGGUAAUACAGUAGCUAGUGAUGGAUGUUCAGCAAGUUGUAAGUGUGAAUCUGGUCGCCCGACUGGUGAUGGACAUUGUCUUCCAGCUUUGACACCCAAUACCACAACUCCAAUUUACACUCCAUCUGCAUCUGCCACUCUUCCAACAUAUUACCCAUCAGGAUCUGGUGGGCUUUCUGGUCCUUAUGGAAACAAAACUGUCAUUUCAACUAUCGAUCACAACAGAAAUGUGACUGCCACCAUUCACGAUACCGUUACAGAUCAUGAUACCAAAACUAUUCAUGAUAUCUCGACUGUUACUACAACUUUCAUUCCUCCAUAUGUAACUCCAUCAUGUCCAACCCGAGACAAGGUUGUUGGUGUUGAAAUCAUCGUCUAUGUAUCUAUAAUUGAAUCAUGCCAUACUGUUGGGGACAAGACUGUCACUUCCUACAUCACAAGUGAUUUUUCCACAGAACAUAAGCCAAUCUGGAGUACAUCAACCGUAGGAUAUCCUUGCUACGCAUGUGCUUUAUUCAGUGCAGGUAUUCCAUGUCCAACCGGAGGUUUCAUCACCGCCACCACAACAUCAUGCCACGAAACUGCAGUCCCAACAUCCUACACCUGGACACCAAUUCCACCCACCAUCCUCCCAUGCAAAACUUGUCUUCCAUAUACCAUGCCCACAUGUCCAAUAUACAGCACACUCCCAACCUCAUCCAUCUAUAUCGUCCCAGCACCCACUCUCGGAACUCACUCCGAACCCGCAUCUCGCUUACCCGAACCUUCCAUCUACGUACCUGCACCAUCGCCUAUUACAUACACAACUUCCAUCUACGGCUUCGGCAUCACUACUUAUAUCACUUAUCCAGCCGGUCCAAGCGCCACUGUCAUCGUGUCAGAAAUCGAAGGUGAAGCUCCAUCUACAAUCAUCACUUAUGUCGCUCCCUCACCAGCUCCUACACAUGCAGUAACGACUGUAUCCGUUUGUCCACCUGGUGGAUGUAAAACAGUCUUAGCUUCCUCCAGUGUUCGGGUUCCAGCAGGCCCAGCAGGAACUUCUUCAAUCUUGGGUUAUUCUACCUACGUACCAUUUACCGGCGCAGCAACCCAUCUUGCUAAUGUUAAUGUGGCAAUGUUGAUUCCGGUAGUCGGUGGUACUUUUGGGUUGAUGGUUAUUUUGUAG